CGGCCCCUGCUCACGCACGAUUCACACAUCUUUCCCGUCUUUAUUUGUAUAGUCUUUGGAGCGGCAUGACGUGACGUGGAACACUGAUCAGCUCUGAAUCACUGGCCCGGAUCUGAAUCUGAUCUGGAUUCAUACUGUGUAAAUAGAACGCCUCUGGAAGAGGGACAUAUCAAAACAAAGCGUGUGCGCACACGCACACACACACAAUGGCAGAGCAGGGUCAGUGCAUACCGCGACUGCUUCAAGCUUUCUUUGACCAGAGGAAAGAUAGAAGAAGCCAAGAUAGUGACGAGGACGUUCAACCGGCAAUCCUUGGCUGGACUGUGGGCUCUUGCUCUUGCUCUUGCUGUACUGGUGACCCGUUGGAGAGUCCCGUUGGUCUUGGUCUUGGCUACAACCCACCUUGGGAUCUGGAUCAGGCAGAUCAGGAUCCGGAUCCACCAGGUCACGAGAAUCCAGAUCUCGGUGGUAAAUAGAACACGGGUUCUCCGGACAGAUCAGCGACCUAAAACGGAUUCUUGUAAAUAGAAGAGGUCUUGCGGAUAGGUACUCAGUUAAUGCUUAGUAUCAGUCUAGUAGUGGAGCGAUUAAAUGGAGCUCGAUCAGUAUCACUUCCAUUUUACAAUUACAAUUAUACUACAAACUACCUCAUACUAUAAUUAUUUACUAUUACAGAUACUUAUUAUACAUGCAUUUUCAAUUACAAUUACUAUAAUACUGCAAUUAAUUAUAUUUCAAUUAAAUUAAAAUUACAAUUACUCCGACCCUGCUCUGUCCCAUGACCGCCAGAUCCAAACUUCCGGACGUACGAUUCAUCAGCCAAAGUGAACACUACAUGCUUUUACUGUUAUUCUUUAUAUACCAGUUGAUCCUAAUCCAAUGGAACACUAUAAUUAGACACAAAGGUAUAAUAUGAGAGUAGUAGGCUAUAUACUUUGUUUGUAUGAUAACUUAUCAACUGAUGCUGCCAGACCAGAAUCGAAAGCAGCCAGAGGAAGACCCAGAUACAGAUCCAUUAGUCACCGUGAUCUCCUAGCAAUACGUCAUGCCCACCUGCCGUUCAUUUAUCUGGCUAGUGUAAAACCGCAAACCGUAGUGACUGUGUGCAGCGUCAUCAUGACUCCUGACGUGCGGUGGAGGCUGAGGAUCUUCUUGUCCUCCGUGGCCCUGCUGGUGGUUGUGGUGUUGUUUGUUGACUUAGAGGUGUCUAGCACCGACCGCAAUGAAAAGGUCAAAAGAAGCUGGCUGUCCGUGGAUGAUGUGAGGCGUUACGUCAUCGAGGCUGUUGACCCAGAUAGAAUACGGGCUUUUCUGAGGCAUCUAACCCUUCGCCCUCACCUCGGGGGGACUGAGGGGGAGAAGAGGACAGCGGAGUGGGUGGCUGACACGUGGCGGCUUCAGGGCAUGGACGAGGUACACCUGACGCCUUACGAAGUGCUGCUCUCCUACCCCGAUGCCUUGAAACCCAACAAGAUGCGUCUCCUGGAUGGGGCGGGGCAAGAGUUGUGGGUGUCCGAUGCCAAGCAAAAGCCACUGUAUGCCCCAGAGGAGGCCGACCCCGAGCUUCCCUUUACCUUCAAUGGCUAUGGAGCUGCAGGCAACGUGGUGGGCCCUCUGGUCUACGCUCACCAUGGGACCAGGGACGACUUCACCUUCUUGUCUGCAGCAGGUGUGAACGUCUCCGGCUGCAUAGUUCUGGCCCGCUACGGUAAAGCCUUCAGGGCAAACAUUGCAAAGGCAGCUGAGGAUCUUGGUGCUGUUGGCCUUUUGUUGUUCAGUGACCCUAAAGAUUAUGCUCCUGCGGGUCCAGACUUUGUCUAUCCCCAUUCCUACUUCCUACCCCCAUCUGCCGCCCCAUUUGGCACAACGAAACUUUUAGAUGGCGAUCCCCUCACUCCAUUUUAUCCAGCUAUUGAUAGUGCCUUUAGAAUCCCAGAGGAGGAAGCUGCAAUCCCUCACAUUCCUGUGCAUCCCAUUAACUAUAAUGAUGCUCUUCAGCUCUUGAGUGGGCUGGGUGGAGCCGAUGCCCCUCAAGACUGGCAGGGCGGCCUCAACAUCACUUACCGGCUUGGCCCUGGCUUCCGAGAGGCUGACUGGACCGUAAACUUGGAGGUGAACAAUCACAACACUAUGGCCACCACACAGAAUGUUAUAGGUGUUCUUAGGGGCAGAGAGGAGCCAGAUCGGUAUGUGCUCCUUGGGAAUCAUCUGGAUGCCUGGCUGCUUGGUGCCUUUGACCCCUCGUCUGGCACGGCCGCUAUGAUGGAGCUCAGUCGCGUCUUCCUUCAGCUGUACAAUGAGACAGGAUGGAGGCCGAGGCGAUCGUUGGUGUUCUGUGGCUGGGGGGCUGAGGAGUAUGGUAUAGUUGGCUCUGUCGAGUGGACAGAACAGUUUACGAAGCAACUUGAAGACAGAGCUGUUGCCUACCUCAAUGUUGACAUGGCUCUUGAAGGAAAUUACACUCUGCGAACCAAAUCAACACCACUUCUUAUUACAGCAGUAUAUGAAAGUGCUAAGAAAAUACCAAAUCCAGACCCCAAGGAGGUAGCCGCUGGACGAACAUCAGUUUAUGACACCUGGGUGCACCGAAGGCCUGACCCUCUGCAGCCAGACCUUCCACUGAUGCAGCUGAUUGGGUCAGGAAGUGAUUACAAAGGCUUGCAGCACAACAUUGGUGUACCUUGCAUGGACACACGUUACACUCACGAUAAUAAAACUCUUGGCGACCCAAUGUACCAUACACUGUAUGAAACAUUUGCUGCAGUGGAUGAAAUAUACGACAGAGGUUUCAAAUUCCACUCAGCAAUCACUGCUCUUUGGGGUGACCUGGCAGUUUCCCUCGCAGAGGACAAGGUUCUUCCCUUUUCUCUAGAUGUUUAUGCAGACUAUAUAUCCAGGUCUCAACAGACUCUUGAAAAAACUUUUGGACAACUGAUUUCUUCACAAAAUAUUUCCUUGGGAUUCUUAACUGAUGCUGCUGCAAACUUCAAGAGUAGUGUUGUAUCAUUCAAGAAGAUUAUAAAUGGUUUAGACCAAAACAAUCCACUUGCUGUUCGCCGAGUGAAUGACCAACUGAUGCUGGUGGAACGAUCCUUCAUUGACCCUCGUGGACUACCUGGCCGGCCAGAAUACAACCAUGUGAUAACUGCCCCCAGCAAAAAUGAUGCGUAUGGUGGAACUGCAUUCGCUGGCUUGACUGAUACUCUGAACGAAAUUCAGGGUGCCCCCGAGACAGACAGAAAGGAGUUAUGGCGAGUCUUUGCUCAUCACUUGGCCGCUGUAACUCACCUUCUUAACACAGCUGCAAAAGUGUUAACAGAUGAGCUCUGGUAGCCUUCAAUUGAUAGGUAAAAUGCUGCAGGAAAGUUUUACCACUCAUAUGCACCAUUAAAAUUAGUACUCAGCCUACUACACAUCCAAAAAAGUGUACUCCUCUUUAAAACUGAAUUGAUGUAUAGCAGUAGUAAUAGGUAGUUAUAGUAGUAGAGGUAGUAGUAGUAUAGUAAUAUAGCAGUAGUAGUAGUAUAUAGUAGUAGUAGUAGCAGUAGUAGUAGUAGCCAGCCAAGGAUACUGUAUAUGAUAAUAGUCUCCUUGGUUGGUAUACAUAAUAUUUUCUUUGUAACCAAACUCAUAGAAAUAAUAGUAUGGUAAAGCUGUGGGAUGACUGGUAUACACUAUACACUAUUUUACACUAAACACAUUUUUCUCUUAAGCAAAAUAACCCAACCAUUGGAAAUAAAAGUGAUAAAACUCCACCAAAUGCAACUAUAAAUCCAUCCUGAAGUACAGUACAUGGUUUGGUAGCACUAACAAGUAGUAGUGAUGGAGAUGGUAUGAAAUUACUGAGGCUGGUAUUCUCAGAUGCCUCUACCUCUCACAUCAUUUAUUUCCAAAGGCCAAAAGGAAGGCCAAUUGGGUCCUUAUGCUUUUUUUUUUAUUUUUUUUUUUUACAUAAGGCAUCAUAAAGCUACCCAUGGCCAUAGCUGGGCACGAUAACAGAAAACCUUAUUCCCGUUAACCGAUAACUGAUAAUGGAAAACCUUAUCAGUGAUAACCGAUAUUCGUUAACUGGAAACACAAAUAUAGGCGAUAACCGAUACCCGAUAUUAAUCCACAAUUCCGAUACUAACUAGCGAUAAGUCCGAUAGGCGAAAACAAUACUAUAUUGAUAUUUCAAAUAAAAAACAUAGAUGAAUUCAAAUUUUCAGUAUCUGUAUUUUAGAAAACUUACAAAUCCUGAAAAGCACACGUUGACACGUACAUAUGGACGGUAAUACUAGAAACGCCUGAACCGGUGUUGUGUUAUUUGGCGUCCCCACCGUCAAAAGCUGGCGCUUUUGUUUACAAACACUGGUCUCUCGUGAACUGCGCAUGCUCAGACCAGCAAGCAUAGACCUGUACAGUCUCACAAAGCUUUUUAACCGUAAUUAAGAGUUGCUGGAAGGCUGAAUCAGACAUACAGUACCACUACCACCAUCCCCGCUGUUUCUAGACCGACACUGUAUGAAUUGUAUUUAUAUGUGCAGUGUCGUUCUAGAAACAGCGAGGAUGGUGGUACUGUACGUCUGAUUCAGCCUUCCAGCAACUCUUAGUGUUAAAAAGCUUUGUGAGACUGUACAAGGCUACGCUUACUGCAUGGUCUGAACAUGCCUAGCUCACGAGAGACCAGUGUUUGUAAACAAAAGCGCCAGCUUUUGACGAUGGGACACCAAAUAACACAACACCGGGUGCCUUCAAUAACAUGGCAUGCUCAUAAACGAAUAUGGAAUAUCAAAUUUGAGGCAGUGAAUAAUUAUUUUGGGGGUAAAGUUAAAUGAUUUUUCUCUUUGAUAUAUUGAUUCUUGAGUCUAACAUAAAAAAAUAACCUAGUGUUUUAAUGUUGAUGAUCUAAGUAUGAAAUCUCUUCAUCGAAGAUAUAUCAUACCCCGAAGUUUUUUCAUUCAACACCGGGCGCCCGGGCCGCGCAUGCGCAGUAGGGAGGAAACAACGUUUGUUUUUUGAGUCGGAAAAAAGUAGCGAUUAUUGCUAGUUUGGUUACAAAAGUAACGAAGAUACCGAUAUAUAUUUAAAUAAGUAGCGGAUGGCCGAUAACCCGAUUUUGUUAUCAGCGAUAAAGUAUCACGAUAACUUAUCGCGAUAACGCCCAGCUAUGCCCAUGGCAAUGCUCAGAACUCCUAUGAGUCUUGUCAAAUAUGUGAGACUGGGCAUGGAAAUGUUUAAGAAUAUGACCUUAAGCCUCCU